AUGGUCGCUUUAUAUCGUGAAAGUCAUGUCAAUUACCCUCCACUUGAUGGAUCUCUGUCUCUCCCUGAAUUGGUGGAAUUCAAUGCGCAAAAUAACUCAGACGUCAUUUUCUUUGUCUACGAAAAACCUGACAGCAAUGAUUUGGUCUCCAUCUCACACUCAGACUUCCAUCGAGCUUGUCAUCGGGCCGCCCAGGCGAUUAGGCCAGACUGUGCAGGUGUAGAUAAAGAAGUGGUUGCCCUCAUCGGGAUCUCCGACACCCUUCUUUACCAGACAAUAUUCAUGGGUAUCAUCUUCGCUGGGCUAAUUCCAUUCCCCAUGUCCCCUCGUAAUUCGGCAGCGGCAGUCACGAACAUGAUGCAGAAAACAAGAUGCUGUCGUUUAAUCACGACUCAACACUCUCUUGCUUCCUUGAUCGAUGGAGUCAAAGCGGGUUUUGUGUCUCACGACACUCAAACGAGCCCGCUGCAGAUCGACGAGAUCCCGGCGUUGAAACACCUGUACCCCGCGCUCGCUGGUGGUACUCCAGACGAGAACAUUAUCCCGCAUUCCCUAGGUUUGCCGUGGUCUAAAUAUGAGGUAUUAUUCUACCUGCACUCCUCUGGCAGCACUGGCUUCCCCAAACCCAUUCCAAUAAGUAACUUGACUGCCAUCCAUUGGUGCAUAACGCCGUGUGUUCUCGACCACAUCGAUGUUCCCGCGCCUAUCCGCGUCGGUAGUGCGUCCUUGCCAUCAUUUCAUACCCUUGGUAUAUAUAUUCAGCUGCUCGUCCCCAUCGCCACCUUGAGCAGUGUGUCUAUUUACCCACCUACAUCCCUCCUCGAUCCCUUGGCGGCCCCUGUAGUACCCAACUCGCAAAACAUCUUGAGUUCUGUACUCAAGACGAAAUCGAACGCUUUGGUAGUCGUGCCUGCCUUUCUGGCACAAUGGGCAUUUUCCCCGAGUGCUGUCGAUGUUCUGAAGACCCUCGAAUAUGUUGCCUAUGCUGGCGGUCCUCUCGCACCUAAGAUGGGAAAUGCCCUGGUGCACGCAGGGGUCAAGCUUUCCUGCGUUUACGGCGCUACAGAAUUUGGUAUCAACACUUAUUUCUUCCGAAAUUCGGUCGAGCAAAAGCUUUGGGAGUGGGUGCGAUUUGGACCAAAUUCCAAGAUCAGGUGGGCUCUACAGGACGAUGAUACUUAUGAAUGUCAAGUUUUGACCGUCCCGACGCAUCAAGUGUCAGUAGAGAAUCUUCCAGACGUCAAGGGUUAUACUACUUCGGAUGUAUUCAUCAAGCACCCGACCAUAGAGAGCUUGUGGAAAAUCGUAGGAAGGCUCGAUGACGUUUUGGUACUCUCUUCUGGGGAGAAGACUGUACCAGCUCCUAUGGAAAGCAUCAUCUCCGCCAACCCCCACGUAAAUGGCACCGUUAUAUUCGGCCGUGGACGCAAUCAAGUUGGGAUCCUCAUAGAGCCACGAGCAGGGUGUGAGAUUGACGUUGACGACGAAAAAGAUCUUGCUGAGUUUAGGAACCGAGUGUGGCCUCACAUAGAAGAAGCAAAUAACGAGGCUCCUGCAUUCAGCAGGAUCUUCAAAGAGAUGAUUCUUGUGACACGCAGUGAGAAGCCCAUGCUUCGAGCUGGAAAAGGGACCGUUACCAAGAAAGCAACCAUCAAGCUGUAUGAGGAGGAGAUUAAUGCCAUAUAUGAGACGGUGGAGGGCAGCGCCAGAGCAGGUAUCGAUGUACCUUUACCCACAAGCUGGACUGUGGAAGACGUCGAGGCAUGGCUCAAGGUCCACGCUACUGCUGUGAACGCUGAAAAGGCAGUCGAUCCUGAUGUAGACCUUUUUGCUCAGGGCUUUGAUAGUCUCUCCGCGACAUUCCUCAAAAACCGCAUUAUCGGCUCUCUCAGCUCGUCUUCAGAUCGCAACGUUCAGGUAUCAGCAUCGCGGAUUGACCAGAACAUCAUAUUUUCAAAUCCUUCGAUUCACCAGCUCGCGAGAAGCGUCAUCAAUGCAGUAUUGCAACAGAAUGGUACAGGUGCCGUCGACGCCAAGGCUGAUAUCGAGAACAUGAUCGAGAGGUAUUCAGUCGGAUUAGGUAACUCUGUCGCAGAGACCAACACCGCUCUAGUUAAUGGGUGUAACCAACGCAAUCAUGUGGUUGCCCUGACCGGGUCUACGGGUGGUCUUGGCUCAUACCUGCUUGCAGAUCUCCUCCAGCGUGAGGACGUGUCUGCGAUAUAUGCAUUCAAUCGCCCGUCAAAGGGGGCAUCUAUACAACAACGACAGGAGAAUUCGUUCAAAGAUCGCGGUUUAGAUUUCACCCUGCUUCAGUCAGGCAAACUAAUGUAUGUAGAAACUGAUACAUCCGAUGAUCACCUAGGUUUGGAUAAGGAGUUAUAUCAGAAGAUCUGCACGUCUGUCACUAUCAUUAUUCACAACGCUUGGCGACUCGACUUUAACCUGGCACUCUCGUCAUUCGAUUCUCAUAUACGUGGAACGCGGAAUCUUAUAGACUUGGCACUGUCUUCUCCACAUCAUCCAAAGCCGCGUUUCAUGUUCACAUCGUCUAUCUCAUCUGCUCAAAGUUGGGAUAGAGCAAAAGGACCAUUUCCUGAAGAAGUACAAUACGACGCAGGGGUUGCAACAGGUCCUGGCUAUGGUGCGAGCAAGUAUGUUUCGGAAAGGGUUCUCGUCAACAGCAAGUUACCAGCAUCAUCAUUCAGAAUUGGACAAAUAUCAGGAGGACCCCCGCGAGGAGCUUGGUCCACGACAAACUGGCUACCGAUCAUCGUCGAAUCAAGUGUAAGUUUAGGCACGCUUCCGGAAGCCAAAGGAUUUGUGUCUUGGAUCCCUCCACACGCCGUAUCAAAUGCUAUCCUUGAUGUGGCUUUCGCGGCAGAAGAACCUCCCAUCGCGGUGAAUCUGGUGCAUCCGAGACCGGUCGCGUGGAGAACGUUGAUACAACCCGUUGCGGACGCCUUGGUUGAGCGUAAAGUAACAAAUUACCCGCUACCACUUGUGCCAUUCUCGGAGUGGCACGAUAAGCUCGAAUCGAGUGCCAAGGAUUUGAGCAAAGAGACCAUGAAGCGCAUCCCUGCUAUCAAGCUUCUCGACUUCAUGCGUUUCAUGGCUCGAUCAGACAUCGCGACCAGGGCGUCUGGAGAGAUGAGCUCCGAAGCAGGUGGCGUGGCUUCUUUCGCUACCGCCGUAGCCGAACGCGUCAGUCCAACAAUGAAGGAGCUGAAGUCGCUGUCUUCAGCGGACGCAGCACAAUGGGUGGAUUAUUGGGUGGCGAUGGAGAUGUUUCAAUGA